AUGAUACUACUGCAUAUUGGUUUCGGGGAGGAAGCUGAUCAUCGUAUCCAUGGAUCUAUGGCACCUCCGGAAGAGACGGGUCUUGAUACCUCUUCUGUCGAUGGUGACACGACGUCUACUAGCAGUGCUGGGGAUGUCACGGACCGCUUGGCUAAGCAUUUGGAACUGGACGAGAGCAAUUUGUCGGAGUUGAUCGGCAUGGUGGGAGAAGGAGGGGAACACCGAGGGGAUGGGGAGGAGGAGGAUCUGGCGGGAGCGGUUGAAGCUUUGCUGCAUGCUACAAGCGACUGGAUGGACAACAAGAAUGGUGGCGAAGGAAAAGUCGAGGGUGGUGAUAGUCUACGCCGAAGUAUCGCGGCCCAGGAGCGGCAUCUGCAGGGCCUUCGGGAUGAGCACGAAUCCCAUACAGCUAUGCAACAGGCAUACCUCGAGAAGAUUAGAAUGUAUGAAGGCAUGGUGGAAAAGGCCAAUAAGGAAAAAGAGGAGUUAGCAGCACAGAUAAAUGCUAAGAAGAGCGACAGAAAAAUGACGGAGUUACUGGAGAGGAAGCAACGGGAUAAUCAGAGGAUGCUGGACCAACAACAGAAGGAGAUGCAGCAGCUACGACGGGAAUUGAGUAGCAUUCAGAAGGCUAAGGAUCGAUGUGGACAGGAGGUUGUUCGCCUGGAAAAGGAGUUGUCGAUGGCUAAGGCGGAGAAGGUUCGAAUUCAGAAGCAAAGGAAGGAACAUGACGAAGCGCAUCGGAAGAUCCUCCAGGACAGGGAUAGGGUGAUAAACCAGUUGAAGCGAAUACAGGCCAAGAAGACAUUGGAGGCUAAGAAGAACGCUGAUGUGCUAUCCAGGCGUCCUCGGAAGACUGUCAUAUUGUGUGCUCAGUCCAAUAAGAAGACUGUCACUACGUUGACUGUUCGCAAUGAGACAUUGUUGAAGCAACUGAAUGCACUGAAAGAGGCUCAGAAGAGGCGGGUCGACUCUCGUAAGAAGUCCCUUGGCCCAGCAGCGCAGGUUAGGCAGCAACAGAGAGCCAGAGGACAGAAGAAGGGACCAGGAGCUGAGCUGAGUUGCAUCAAGAUCUGGCUCAAUGACCUGCUGGAUCGGCAGAUGGCUCGCGAUGGUGCCUCUGAAAGUGCUGAGAAGCUCUCGGAGGAACUUGAUGAACUUGAAAAAAGGCUGGAUUCGCAGAGACGUUACAUCAUCGAGCUUGAGGCUAAGGUAGAUGAUGCUGAAGGGUUGAAGAACAGGAGGAAAUCGCAGGAGAGAUAUCAUGCUGAGCUGUUGGACGCUCAAGAGAAUCUGGAUUCGAUGUCGGCCCAGUGGUCGGUGAUGCAGAGGAGGUAUAUCGAGCUCACGGACCCUUCGAAUCGUCUAGCACAUCCUGGGUAUUUUUGGCAAGGUGCUUUCCGUGGUGGCGUCAAAUCUUGA